AAACUUUUACUUAAGUAUAUAUGCUAGUGAAAUAUGAGAGUUAUCUCCCAUUGAUGUAAAAAAAAAAAAAUGGCUGUUACUUUUCAUUUCACGAAAGAGACACCGUCGGAUUUAAUGUUUAGCGAUUUCCAAGCAUUAAAUAAAUUUCAAAACGAGUUAUUUAGCCAGCUGUCACAGUAUGCAUUCCAGUUCCUCCUGGAGCCAACCAAGUCUUCUAGAUUAAUGACACAGCUUGAAGAAUUCGCUCAAGAAAAUGGCAUCGCUGUUGGUCCAUUACGAAAUGUAUUCAAAAGUCUAGUUUCCCUACCUAAUUUUGCUCUGAAGAAAAGUCUGAGUCCUCAACAGUUGCAAGAAGAUUUGCAAAAUUUAGGUUUAUCAGAUGAGAAAUCAACACUUGUUGCCAACCAGUUUGAGGCUAACUUGGUGGCCUUGUCUAAAGGAGCACUUGGUCAAACCUUAAUGGUUAAUCAACUAGUGGACAUUGAAUGGAAAUUCGGAGUAACUGCUUCAAGUAGUGAGUUGGAUAAAGUUGGUAACACAUUUUUACAGUUGAAGCUUGUGAUAAACACAGGAACUGGAACAAAAGAUGUUUUCUUAGAAUUGACACUUCCACAGUUUUAUUCAUUCUUGCAUGAAAUGGAAAAAGCAAAAGCCAGUUUAGAAUAUCUCGGCUAGCACUUAUAGUUAUUAUUUUUAUUAUGUAUAAAUAAUUGCAUGAAGUAGGCUUGGACAAAGUGGCUGUGCAUUUUUUGGUGCCCCCCUCCCCCCAUAUACUUUACAUUAGUACUGUUUUACUGCAUAUUGGAAGACAUUUUUAAAACAACCUUCCUCGGAACAUAUAGCUUAAAAUAUAACUGGCAUGUCUUAAUACUUUUUUGUACAAAAUGCAAACAAUUAGUUUUUCAGACUUUUUUUUUUUAACUAACACAAAGCACUGUGAAUGAUCACUAAGUUAUAUGUAUGAAUUAACUAUUCUGACUUGAUUUGUGUGCUUAUUCUAGAAGUAAUAAAACCUCUUGAAGAAUCAGCACCCUAAAAAAAAACUUCUUUAAGAAAUAUUGCCUCACAGAAAUUAAAUUAAUCCUGCCAGAUUUCCUUUCAAAGGAAAAAAUAUCAUUUUAAAAACUGGCUAGAGAGAUAUACAAGUAUAUUUAACUAUACCUCUAUUUAGUAGUGUAUAUCUGUGCCGUCUAACAAGGGUUAAAGGUUAUCCAAUAUUGCCAUCAGAAAUAAUAUUUGUCCAUCCCUGCAUAAUGUAAUUUAAUUUGUUUAGUACAUCUGUUUACCUAAUUAAUGUGAUUCCGGUUGGUAAUUAAUUUUGAAAAUAUAAAAAAAUUUGAUUAGUUGUGAUUUGAUUGUCAAAUCAUUUUUUUUUAUCCUCGAAAUGAACAAAAUUAGAUGAGCUUAUUAAUAUGUUUAAUUUUUUUUUUUUUUUUAACUUAUUAGCUUAAAAAAAUAUUGUAUUAUAUUUUUCAAAUUUUAUUAUUGUCAAAGUUAUUUGAUACUUGUAAGCAAUAAUUUUUAAAAUUUAUUCUUUAUUUUUGUUGUUAAAUGUGUAUAUAUGUAAUUAAAUGCCUUGUUAAUUUGUUGACAUUAAAUUAAUAAAAUGAAACCUUGUA